GUUUUAAGUACUGAAUGCACCUAAUAAACAAAUCAUGGCGGAUGCUGCUGCACGUCAAUUACAAUACGAGUAUAAAGCGAAUUCCAAUCUCGUUUUACAAGCUGAUGUCCGGUUAAUAGAAAGACGUAGCCGAGAUGAAGCUACCGGUGAGGUUAUGUCUCUUGUGGGAAAAUUGGAUGGUACUCGUAUGGGUGAUAGGGCCCAGCGUACCAAACCUGGAAAAGCAGAGGAAAGAAAAGUCAAACGACAAAAACGCGAUGAAGCACAAUAUGACUUCACUCGUAUGAAAGGAGCAACCUUAUUAUCUGAAGGUGUGGAUGAAAUGGUUGGUAUUGUAUAUCGUCCAAAAACACAAGAGACACGUCAAACUUACGAAGUAUUACUCAGUUUCAUACAAGAAGCUUUGGGCGACCAACCACGUGAUAUUCUUUGCGGUGCAGCUGACGAAGUACUAGCUGUAUUAAAAAAUGAUCGACUUAAAGAGAAAGAAAAGAAAAAAGAAACUGAACUUUUACUUGGUUUAUUAGCAGAAGAAAGAUUUGCACUGCUUGUAAAUCUUGGUAAGAAGAUCACGGAUUUUGGGAGCGACGAAAAAAGUACAACAAACGAUGAAAAUAUUGACGAAACAUAUGGGAUUAAUGUACAGUUUGAAGAGAGUAGCGAGGAAGAUGAUGAAGAUGUAUAUGGAGAAGUACGAGAAAAUGAAGACGAAGGUGAUGAAGGUGAAGAAGCUAAUGAUGACAGAGCUAUUCAUGCAGAAAACCUGGGUGGAACAGAAGAAAUGAAGAAAGAAAAACCAUUACAUCCAUUAGACAUUGAUGCAUAUUGGUUGCAAAGAAGAUUAAGUAGGAUAUAUGAUGAUGCCAUGGUAUCGCAAGCGAGAGCUGCUGAAGUACUAGCUGUCUUGAAAGAUGCCGCAGACGAUCGUGAAUGCGAAAAUCAGCUUGUGCUUUUAUUAGGUUAUGAUUGUUUUGAUUUCAUUAAACAGCUUAAAAAAUACAGACAUACAGUUGCAUACUGUACAAUGUUGGCCUCAUCGCAGUCCGAAUCAGAAAGACAAAAAAUCCGAAACAAAAUGAAUGAUGACCCGGUGCUUGCCAAAAUCUUGCGGCAAUUAGAUACAGGUAAAGGUGAAGAUGACGCUGAUGAGACAAUGGAAGCGAGAUCCCAGCGCAAAAGACGGGAAGAAAAUGAAGAUACUGGAGGACCUGGAGGACAGGUUCAAGGUACAAGAAACUUGAUAGAUUUGGAGGAUCUUAUAUUUGCUCAGGGAAGUCAUUUCAUGGCCAACAAGCGUUGCCAAUUACCUGACGGAAGUUUUCGAAAACAACGGAAAGGAUCCUGGUUAGAAGCCGUAAAUAAUGAGAAAUGGACUAGAGGCCCUUGUUCCUCUUAGGCCGGUUGCAC